CGUACCAACACCAACAAGAUCCUAAUCUCUACCCUUAAGAACCCUAACGUUAGUAUUAUUUUAAAUAUUAAUAGUUGGGAUAGAACCGGUAGAGACCCAAAGGUUACGUAUAAUCUUAUUCAAUCUUAUAUCGCCCGUAUUACUAAAGAGGCUCGCAACGAAGUUCUCGCCGAAUAUCUAGCUAUUAAGUAUACUAAUUUUAAUACUAUAGCUUCCUUUCUCAACUACUAUACUAUAUUCCGCAAACGUAUCAAGGAUACCAAAUUCACAAUCGACAGUAACUUCGAAAUUACCUUCCUUUACAAUACCGUAAAGACCGCCUAUCCUAUUAACGCCAGAUAUUAG